AGGUUUUAUCUGUAAGAGCUCUCGAGUUUGAUGAAUUAAAAAAUACAAAAUUAAAUGCACAUACCGCAGUGAGCAUGUUUGCAGACCGUUUGUGACAAGUAAACAUAUUACUGUAGCGUCUUCUCGAUUUUGCCGUUAAGCAAUUGUGACAUCAAGAAUUGGUUGUCAGCGCUCUGCGCUGUCAUCACUUACACACAUACGCAUGCAAUCGUAAACAUUUAGUUGCAGAACCGAACACGUCAGCUACGCGGAUGCGGAUUGAUUAACAACAAUUUGUUUUGAUCAUUCCAAAUCAGUAAAUUUACUGCUCGAACUACACACCUUACAGCUAGAUAUUUUCAUAUAUUCGUUAGCUGACUCAAUUACUGCAGCAUCAAAAUGGUACUCAUCGCUGCAGCAGUCUGCACAAGGAAUGGCAAAGUCAUAUUGUCACGUCAGUUCGUGGAGAUGACGAAGGCGCGCAUCGAGGGGCUGCUGGCAGCAUUCCCCAAGCUGAUGACCGCCGGCAAGCAGCACACGUAUGUGGAAACGGACUCGGUGCGCUACGUCUACCAGCCGAUGGAGAAGCUCUAUAUGCUGCUCAUAACCACAAAGGCCAGUAAUAUAUUGGAGGAUUUGGAAACGCUUCGCCUCUUCUCCAAAGUGAUUCCAGAGUAUAGCCACUCGCUGGACGAGAAGGAGAUCGUGGAGAAUGCAUUCAAUUUGAUAUUUGCUUUUGACGAGAUUGUCGCUCUGGGCUACAGGGAAAGCGUGAAUCUGGCGCAAAUCAAGACAUUCGUUGAGAUGGAUUCGCAUGAGGAGAAAGUCUACCAGGCAGUUCGUCAGACACAGGAGCGCGAGGCACGUCAAAAGAUGCGCGAAAAGGCUAAGGAAUUGCAACGUCAGCGCAUGGAGGCAACCAAACGUGGUGGCCCCUCGAUGGGUGGUAUGGGUGGACGCAGCGGCGGCUUCAGCUCCGACAGCUUUGGCAGUAGCGGCAUCAGCACUGGCGGCGGCGGCGGUGGUAGUGGAAGCGGAGCGCCAUCCAUUGAGAUGGAUACCAAGCAUAUGUCCUCUAGCAAGGCUGCACUAAAGCCCGUAUCACGAAAUGCGCUCAAAUUGGGUGGCAAGUCCAAGGAUGUGGACAGCUUUGUUGAUCAGCUGAAAAGCGAGGGCGAGAAGAUUGCCAACCUGGCACCAGCUGUCGCUGCGGGCAGUGGCGGUGCAGCGGCCAGUGCCAGUGCAACGGCCAAAGCCAAAAUCUCAGCGGACAUUCAUACAGAAAGUGUACAUCUCAAAAUGGAGGAUAAGCUGGUGGUGCGUCUGGGCCGCGAUGGCGGCGUACAACAGUUCGAGCUUAGCGGCUUGCUAACGCUGCGCAUUACCGACGAAAAUCUGGGACGGAUCAAGGUGAAGCUGGCCAACAAUGAUACACAGGGCAUACAGCUGCAGACACAUCCAAAUGUUGACAAGGAGCUAUUCAAGACACGCGCCAUGAUCGGACUCAAGAAUCCAGCCAAGCCGUUCCCCCUCAAUACCGAUGUGGGUGUGCUCAAGUGGCGUUUCACUACUCAGGACGAAGCGGCCAUUCCUUUGACCAUUAACUGUUGGCCUUCGGACAACGGAGAAGGUGGCUGCGAUGUGAACAUUGAAUACGAACUGGAGACACUGCAUCUGGAGUUGCAGGAAGUUCUCAUAAUUAUACCAUUGCCCUUGAAUGUGCAGCCGUCUGUGGCCGAAUUCGAUGGUACCUACGUUUAUGAUGCUCGCAAGCAUGUGCUGCAGUGGCACAUACCAAUCAUCGAUGCAGAGAAUAAGUCUGGAUCGAUGGAAUUUAGCUGCAGUGCCUCCAUACCGGGCGACUUCUUUCCCUUGCAAGUGUCGUUUGUCUCAAAGACGCCGUAUGCGGCAAUUAGUGCGCUAGAUGUCGUACAGGUUGACAAUGAUUCGUCGGUCAAGUAUUCAAGCGAAACGAUUCUGUUCGUGGAGAAAUACGAAAUCGUUUAAACCAUAUAUACACAUACAUAAAUACUGAAGAAAGAAAUGCACACACACACACACAUACAUGCGAAAAGAGAAAUACACUAUCGGCAGUAGUAGUAUACCUAGUAUCAAUACAUACCUUUAUAUUUUUGAGCGAUUUUUCGCAUUAUGUACGAUUAUAUAAAUGUUAAAGCUAUGUUUACAUACAUAUAUAUAUAUAUUUCAACCUAAACACGCAUCCAGCCGUAAUGCGCUUAUGGCUAAUAGUAAUUCCAAAUGGCGUGCUCCACAACCAUCAUCAUAGAGUAUAACACAUAAGAUACAAAACAUAAAUAUUUUAUUAAAUGCGCGGAAAGCAACUUAUAAUUUGAUUUCAAAC